AUGGAGUUUGAAAAUAGGGAAGAUAAUGAUGGUAUUCGGUUGUCUUGGUCGUCAGUAGCCAAGUCAAAACUACAGCAUCAACGAAACGUGAUUCCGUUGGGUGCAUUGUAUACGCCUUUGAACGACAAGAGCUCCAUCCAUCUUCUUGAGCAGUCCUAUUUGGCAAGCUGUCGAACAUGCCGGUCGAUUCUCAAUCCGUUUGUUAGAGCAGCAUCCGAGGAAAUCUGGACAUGCCAGUUCUGCGCCACUUCAAAUCAGCUCCCACCGAGGGUCGAUGCUGCCACGGGCGAGAUUGUACCGCACCCAGCAUUCAGCCCCGAGCUAACAACCGUUGAAUACCAAACUGGCAGGACAAGCUCGGUCCCGCCAAUUUUCUUUUACGUUGUCGACACAUGUUUCGAGGAGAAUGACGACAAGGCAUUUGUGCUGCUCAAGGACAGUCUUGUCCUCUCCCUCAGUCUCUUGCCUGAAGACGCACUAGUCGGGUUUAUUUCAUUCGGGAAACACGUCAAGAUCCACGACUUGACCUCGAACGACAACUUAAGCUACACAUUCAACGGAGCCAAGAAGUAUACCUUGGAACAGAUCCAGUCUACUCUUGGAAUAUUGGGCUCGGGAUUGAGAGCAGGCAGCUUGGCUAAUCAAGCACACGCGCAGGACAGCGCUCAUGUGAUUGGAAGCUCCGGCAGGAGGUUUUUGCAACCAGUGGCCAUGGCAGAGUACCAAUUGACCAGCAUUAUUGAGGAUCUCGUUCCCAAUUCUUUUCCAAGAGACAAUUUCAAUGAAAGACCCGAAAGGGCUACGGGGUCCGCCAUAAAUGUGGCAACGUUGCUUCUCAAGGCCAUCUUGGGUAACUCGCAUUUAACCGGAGGGCAUUUGAUGGUGUUUAUAUCAGGCGUUUGCACCUUUGGUGCUGGACGCAUCGUCGAUAGACAUUUAAAAGCUCCGUUGAGAUCGCAUCAUGAUAUAGUGAAAUGGCAGUCUACAAUUAUUCAGGCACCAUCGACUUCGUCAAAGACCAAAACCGAUGUAUCUUUACUCAUACCGGCCAAGUCUUUUUACCACGACCUAACCAAAGAGUUGGUAGUGUUGGGGUUGAGCUGCGAUCUCUUUAUCGGGAGCUACGAUCAAGUGGGUCUUUUCGAAAUGGAAGAAAUUUGUUACAAAACUGGGGGUGCAGUGGUGAUGACUGACUCUUUCGGCACGGCCAUUUUUAAACAGAGCUUUGCCAAUUUUUUCAAAAAGCUGGACCAGGACCCUGAAUUUGUCAAUAUGUGUUUCAAUGGAACCUUGGAAGUGAAAGUGCCGUCCGAUUUGAAAAUCGAGGGACUUGUGGGCCAAGCCACGGCGUUGCCGUUCAACAAGUUGGUCCCAACAAACGCGAAAAUGAUUGGCGAGAAACAAGUUGGCGAAGGGAAAACCAAUUCUUGGAAGUUGUGCAGCGUCAACCCACAGUCAACUUAUGCAGUGUAUUUUGACAAAUUGGACAGCUUCAGCACGAGUCCCACCAGCAUCCAGUUUUUGUUCCACUACCAGCACCCGAGUGGAGAAAUGCGGUUGCGCGUGACAACCGUGGGUAUCAAUGUGCUUCCGGACUCGGACAAUCUCAAUUUGGAAUUGAGCUUUGACCAGGAAGCGGCGCUUGUUUUGGUGGCUCGCAAGGCUAUCGAUGAAAUGCAGUUUGACGUUGGCCACAGCAACAAGAACAGCAGCAGCAGCAGCAGCAGCAGCAGCACUUCAAAAAAAUCGUUUGUCACAACUGCUGCUAUCACCAAACAAUUGGACCAAAUGCUCAUGAAUUUCUGCUCGAGAUUUGCGGUGUACAAUUUCGGAUCCAUUGACUCCUUCAGACUUUCCAACUCGUUUUCGCUAUACCCGCAAUUCCUCUACCAUUUGAGACGGUCCCCCUUCAUUCGAGUCUUUAAUAGCUCGCCAGACGAAACGAGCUUUGUCCGGAUCGUGUUUAUGCAUGAAGACUUGGCAAACUCGUUGCUCAUGAUCCAGCCAUCGUUGUUGUCGUACGACAUCAACACCUGGGGCUCGGUGGUGGAUGAAACCACCAACGAAGCGAUCCUGGAACCAGAGUCGGUGUUGCUAGACUCGGCCAGUUUGGGCCACUCCAAAAUCCUCCUCUUGGACACAUUUUUCCAGAUUUUGAUCCACCACGGCUCCCAGGUUGCCGACUGGCGAAGAGCCGGGUACCACGAGCAAGACGAGUUUGAGUAUUUCAAAGAGUUUCUCGAGGCACCCAAGAAAGAAGCCAUGGAACUAUUAUCGGAUAGAUUCCCCUUACCUAGAUUUAUAGACUGUGACGAAGGUGGGUCGCAAGCAAGGUUCUUGACAGCGAAGUUGAACCCUAGUACCAGUUACGCCACCAACGUGAACCAUUUUUACGGAUGGGGCGAGCGAACCGAUGUGUUUACUGACGACAUCAAUUUGCAACUGUACAUGGAGCACAUUCAAAGAGUCGUCACCUCGAAAAAGUGA